AUGAAAAUUAUCAACAAUAUAUAUGGUGGAGGGUGUAUGGAUGGAGGGUGGAGUGUAGAUUGUGGAUGGUGGAUGGUGGAUGGUGGAGGGUGUAUGGUGGAGGGUGUAUGGAUGGAGGGUAGAUGGUGGAUGGUGGAGGGUGGCGUAGAUGCAAUUUAUUCUUAG